CAAAUAUUAUUGUGUGUGAGGAGUAGCUUGUUUAAGACCACAAAAUUAUAGCAGCCAGCCGAAACAAAAAGACCCCCAAGGUAACGUUUUCAGAUAACCUCAACUUCACCGACACUUCUUCAUCCUCUGAACGCGGAAAUAUUUUUGAGGCAACAGAAGCUCUACACAGCAUCUCUUUAAAUUCUGAAUACAUCACCAUGGAAUCAUCCAACCCCAUGAGAAAGGGAAAGACUGGGAAAAGCAAAGAUGCUUUGUUUCCAGGAGAGGCAAGCACUUCGUUCAGGAGAUGGGACAAAGGAAUAUCCGCAACGAAUGCUUCAAGCCUAAGAAAAUGCUCCGGGUCGUUUCUUGGUGCCAUCAUGCGCAGGAUGGAAAUGAAUUUGGUUCACCUACUGAGCACCAUACAUGUUGACAACAUUAUGAGUGGGAAGAUGAACAUAGAUCGAAGAUUGUACACUUCCUUUGAGAAUAUUUGGAAAGAAACAGAACGACUAAAAGUCGACCCUGAGUUGUUCCCAUCUAUAAGACACAAGAAGUACUUCUGGUAUGUUAUGGCGGGCCUUGCAGAAAAGCUGGAAGGAGUCCGCAAUAUGCAUGAAGCUUGGUCCAACGACAAUCAGUCCUCAUUCGAGCUUCAACCGAUCAAUCUGAACUCACUCGACGACAGCCCUAUCAAGUACUGCGGGGCAUGCGAUAGAAUAUGUCUCCUUGAGCUUCACAGCCUUCCAUUACCGCCAGAGACAGUAAAACAACGAGGACUUGCUCUGUUAAAUGGCUUUGAUCUUGGAAUGGGGUACAUUUAUAUUGACUUCGACUGGUUGGACAAAUAUAACAGAGAAAAUAUAACUUUCCCCGGACAGGACAACAAUAUGUACAGAAUUCCUCGAGCCAACGAGGUUCCGUCCGAAACACUUCAAGAUACUCGCGUUUGUCGGUGGCGAUUGCAAAACAAAUGCUGGCAAUGCAGAGAAACCUGGGUUGAACAUACGCUCGAUGAAGAUCAUGCACUGGAGCCGAAUGGACCAAGCACCAAGAAGACGUGGACGAAAUGGUUCCGAAAUUUGAAUCAAUCGUUUCGCUCCCCUCGUCGGAAGGGUAUUAAGUCGAACAAUUUUACCAUUCGCCAACGAAUCCCCCCUACCGCUGGAAUGCUCCUGCGACGAGCAAGGUUCAUGUAUUCUUCUAUUGAACGACGCUACGAAACUGAAUACAGAGAUAAACUCAGAGAAAAGAAAACGAGUGCAUUUCAGCUGGCUCAAGCCACAGGCGAAAAUUAUCUUCUUCUGAAGCAGAAAGAAAAUCGCGUAGGAAGGGCUAAACUCCCAUUUUUGGCUCUUCGCACAGCAGGCAUUGUAGGGACAGCAGAGAGCAUAGAAAGCUUGUCACUCGCUGUUCGGUCUUUUCAAGGCCGGCUUCAUGGCGACGGGCUGGGAUUACCGCUUGUAAUGGAAGUCACAAGAAAAAAUCAACCAAAAAUGGCAUGAUAAACGGCAAUUCUUAAUGGCAAUUCUUAAUGGCAAUUCUCCAUUUAUAGUUUGCUGGUUCUAUGUUACUUUUUCUAUGUAAACUGAGGGUUGUGGCUGGAAAUAAAUAGUGACGCUGCUUUAAUGGCGUGGCGUUGAAUGGAUCACUUCCUUUGUUCUGUUUUCAUUCGCUAC